AUGAAUAAUUGUAACCUUGUGACUACUCCAACUGAAGUUGGAUUGAAGCUCUUGAAAGAUCCUUAUGGAAGCAAGGUGGAUAGCACUCUUUACAAGCAAAUUGUUGGAAGUCUGAUGUAUUUGACGAGGCCAAGACCAGAUAUCAUGCAUGCCAUGAGCCUUAUAAGCAGGUAUAUGGAGCACCCAACAGAGUUACAUUUACAAGCUGCAAAAAGGAUUUUUUGCUAUUUGCAAGGAACUAAAAAUUUUGGGCUGUUCUAUAAAAAUGGAGAAAAGUCAGAUUUGUUUAGGUUUACAGAUAGCGAUUAUACUGGAGAUGUUGAUGAUAGAAAAAUUACUUCAGGGUAUGUAUUCAUGCUUGGUUCAGGGGCGGUUUCAUGGUCUUCAAAGAAGCAAUCAAUUGUUACUUUAUCAACAACUGAAGCAGAAUUUGUUGCUACAACUUCAUGCGGCUGUCAAGCCAUAUGGUUACGGAAGAUUCUUGGAGAGCUUCAGUUCAAAUAG